AGUGAAGCUCAGAAUAUAAAAUUUUAAAUCCUAUUAAUCUGUUAUUUUCUUUUCCAGCUCAUCCUUGCCACUGGAAGAGCACCAGUGCCCAAGGAUGUAAAACCAACUUAAGUGACAGAAAUAAUGCAAUACAAAUUUGUUUUAGCACUAUCAUACAGGACACUGAAGUGUUAGGAAAUGUCAGGGUGUAAAUGGAAGAUAUGCUAUUAAUUAAAUUUGUAUAUUUACAAUAAUGCUGGAAGUCAAUAUCAUUCAGCAUAGUGUACCCAAAGAAUAUUUAAUAUUAUUACUUAGAAUCCUAGGAAUAUUCUUUACCACAUCUAUUUGGUCAGUAUUUAGCAUCUCAUAGCUCACUUCAAGAUAAUGAUUAGUACCUAUGUAUCAAGUGAUUCAUAAAUAUAAGUCAUAUUAGAGUCCAAAUUUAAGAUUGCCAGAUCGGUCUUCACAAUGUCUAAAAUGCUUGAAAAAAUAUAUGAUCCAGCAGUGAGUGUUCCUGUGGAAGAUACACCAAAAAAAUUUUUAGAAAAUUUGAGAAAAUAUUCUGGCGAAUCUAGUUUAACAAUUAGAAUGAAAAUUCAAAGUGGAGAAAAACCAUAUCAAUGUUCAGAGUGUCUGAAAGGUUUUAAGCAGAAAGCAAACUUAAUAAGACAUAUAAGAACUCAUACCAGUGAAAGACCCUACAAAUGUUCAGUAUGUUCAAAAGCUUUUGCAAGAAAAGCUAAUUUAAUUAUGCAUAGUAGAAUUCACACUGGAGAGAAGUCUUAUCACUGCUCAGAAUGUCUGAAAGGAUUUUCACGAAGGUCUUAUUUAAAAACACACACAAAAAUUCAUACAGGACAGACACCACACCAAUGUUCAGAAUGUUUAAAAGUUUUUUCAGAAAAAUCCUAUUUACAAACUCACAUGAAAACUCACACACGAGAGAAAUCAUAUCAGUGUUCACAGUGUGUAAAAGGCUUUUCAAAAAAAUAUUGUUUAGAAACACAGACAAAAAUUCAUACUGGAAAGAAACCAUACAGGUGUUCAGUGUGUGCAAAAGGGUUUGCCAAAAAAAUUAAUUUACUAAUGCACUUGAGAAUGCAUACAGGAGAAAAACCGUAUCAGUGUCCAAAAUGCUUAAAAGGGUUUUCAAAAAACACUUAUUUCCAAACACAUAUGAAAACACAUUCUGGAAAAAAAACAUUUCUUUGUUUAGUGUGCCAAAAAGACUUUUUAAGAAAAGGCGAUUUAGUAACACACACGAGAACUCAUACAGGAGAGAAACCAUUUCAGUGUUCAGAAUGUCUUAAAGACUUUUCACAAAAAUGCCAUUUGAUAUUACAUUUGAGAACUCACACUGGAGAGAGACCCUAUAAGUGUUCAGUGUGCCAUAAAGAUUUUUCAAGUAAAGCUUACUUAGUAAUGCAUAUGAGAUUUCAUACAGGAGAGAAGCGAUAUCAUUGUUCAGUUUGUCUUAAAGGUUUUUCAGUACAAUCUUCUGUUAUAACACACAUGAGAAUUCAUACAGGAGAGAAACCAUACCAGUGUUCAGUGUGUGAAAAGAACUUUUCAAGGAAACAUCAUUUGGUAUUGCACAUGAGAAUUCACACAGGAGAGAAGCCAUAUCACUGUUCAGUAUGUUUAAAAAGCUUUUCAGUACAGUCUUCUGUAGUAACACACAUGAGAACUCAUACAGGAGAAAAACCAUAUCACUGUUCAGAAUGUUUGAAAGACUUCACAAUAAAGUCCCAUCUUGUAAUGCAUAUGAGAGUUCAUACAGGAGAGAAGCCGUAUCAGUGUUCUGAAUGCUUAAAAUCAUUUUCAGUAAAAUGUAACUUAGAAAUACACAUGAGAAGUCAUACUGGGGAAAAACCAUAUAAAUGUUCAGAGUGUCUGAAAAACUUCUCAAAUAAGUCUGAUUUAGUAAUACAUAUGAGGAUUCAUACUGGAGAGAAACCUUAUCAAUGUUUAGAGUGUUUAAAAGGCUUUUCAGACCCUUCUCAACUUAUAAGACAUAGGAGAAUUCAUACAGGAGAGAAACCAUAUCAGUGUUCAGAGUGUCUGAAACGUUUUUCGGUAAAAUCCCGUCUUGUAUCACAUACAAUAAUUCAUACAGGAGAGAGACCAUUUAAGUGUCCUCAAUGUGUAAAAGAAUUUUCAUUGAAAGGUAAUCUAACGAGACAUAUGGGUGUUCAUACUGGAGAAAAACCGUUUCAGUGUUCAGAAUGUCUGAAAGGUUUUUCAAUAAAAUCUCGCCUAAUAUCUCACAUGAUGAUCCACACAGGCAAGAAACCAUAUCGGUGUUCAGAAUGUUUGAAAGAUUUUUCAUUAAAAGGUAAUUUAGCAAGACAUUUAAAAAUUCAUUCAGCAAAAAAAUUCUAAUGUGAUCAGUUUAUCUGAUUUUUUUUUCAAUAAAACUGCUCAGAAAAGAACGAAGCAAAAAACAAAAUCUAUGGGAGUGCUGAGAGAUUAUAAAAAAAAAUAUUGAAUCAUUCUUGAUAAACCACAAGUAAAUUCGUACAAACAUGUAAGUGUUCUGUUCCUUGAAAUGGGACCUGUGUUGUUGAACUGAUGAAAGGAGUUGCUUGUAUUCCUGUUCUUGAAUGAAAUCUAAAUUCUCUUCCAUGACACAAUUUAAAAAGAUAUUCUCUUAAUACUCCUUUCGCAUGCUAUUUCGUUACUUUUUAACAAGUCACUGGGAACUAGCACUUUCCCGACACUACUCAAGACAGCAAGGGUUACACCAAUACAUAUAGGUGGUGACCCCACAGAUGUAAACAACUAUAGGCCAAUAUCAAACUUACCAUUACUAUCCAAAAUCUACAAGAAACUCAUGCACAAGAGAUUAUAUUCAUUUAUAACAGCACAAAACAUACUCAACCCCAGCCAAUUUGGCUUCAGAAAAAAUAAAAGCACUUAUGAUGCAAUUGUAAAAAUGCUAGAUCUGCUUUACACAGCACUGGAAAAUAAGGAAUAUCCAUUAGGACUUUUUAUUGACCUAAGCCUCUUCAAGGGGGGCUCCUUGGUGCAGUGAAGAGGCUCUUGGUCUGAGGAAUUAGACCUGUCGGUCUCCUUCCUCAGACCGAACCUAAUUACCCCCCAAUCUCCCCCUUCCCUAUCCCAUCCUCCCCUUUUUUCCUUUCCUCCUCCUCCUCCCCACCCCUCCCUUUUGCCCUUCCUCUUUUUGGCCUUUGGGAUUUUUCCCACAGGCACACUAGUUCAUACGUAGGGGGAAGGGUACCGGGGUCCAUCCCAUUCCGUUGAGGUUCUUGGCGGUGGCGUAGUUUGCCAUGGGAUCUGGAUCACCUGGGGAUGUCUCGAUCCCUCUCCCGUAUCCCGGAGGGUGGCUUUGGGUGUCUUUCGGGCGACAGGUGUAUCUCUGGAAGCCACCUUUUGGAUUCCGGGGGUGGUGGCCGAAUGAGGUAUGCUUUGUGGCGGAUAUCCAGCCACCCUCUCUUUUGUCCACCGAGGUAGCUCGGCAGAUGUGAGGUUGCUAUCCCAGAUUGCUGGUUUACUGGCAUGAAGGGUAGGGUAUGGCACGAGUUCCAUGCUGCAUCUGCGCUACUUGCAGUGCUGAGGUCCUCUUGGGCGCAGAGGGAGAUUUCUGGCCCUUUCAUUCCUUCUAGGAACUAUCCCUUCCCGGUCCCCCUUUUUUUAUUCUUUUUUUAUUUUUAUUUUCUUUUAUUUUUUUCUUAACCCUUUGAGGGUUUCAGCCGUACUAGUACGUCUUACGUGCAGGGGUUUUUGACGUACUAGUACGCAUAAAUUCUAGCGCUGUCAAAUCUCACAGGAAAAGGCUGAUAAGCCUAGAUGUGAGAGAAUGGGUCUGUGUGGUGGGUGUGCGCAGUAGGAAAAAAAUCUGGGACCCAGUGGUGCAUUGUGGGAAUGCCAUCAUAGUACACAAUGUCCACCGUGCCUUGCGGUAAGAAGUUCCUCACUCCUCGGCGAAUUGGGACACUUUUGUUCCCCAGUGACAGUUCUAAUACAGAUGGAAGUAACAGUGAAGAUGAGUUUCAAGGUUCUGGUGAGGUUUUGACCGAAACUAAUGACCAUAAUAUGGGUAAUAGUGAGGAAAACCCAGACAACCCACAGCCUUCCACCUCUGGUGCUGGGCCGUCUUGUUCACGUUCAGUUGUACCAGAAUCAAAGAGGAAACUCCUAUUUUCCCAAAUCCCAGACUCAGAUGUGAGCAUUGGUGAUGAUAGUGAUAGUGAUUAUGAACUACAAGCUCUUCAAACUUGUUCCAAGAAUGGAGGA